AAAUUAUAUUUUUAAUCCUGAUUUUUUGGGUGAAAUGUCUACUGGAGAUUAUACGAUCCAACCUAUGCACAAAUAUCAUGGGGUUCAGAAAUUCCUCAAAGAUUUUGUUGCAGCUUUUGUCUCAACAGGCACUGCCAUCUUUAUGGGAUAUCCCCUGGAUACGAUCAGAGUGAGAAUGCAGCUCUACAAUUCUCAGAGCGCUUUCAGAGUAUUCUCAGAGAUCCUCACAAAAGAAGGUAUCACAGGUAUGUACAAGGGAGCUGUGUCUCCUGUGCUUGGUAGAGCGCCAACUUCUGGAAUUGUCUGGGCGUCUAAUGCCUUCUGCAGACGCAAACUUGAGCCUUUCGAGAUAAAUCUGGAAGCAAAGUUUGUGUUAUCUGGAAUGUUCGCUGGAGUUGUGUCAUCUCCUAUUUCGUGUCCAAUCGAGCAUCUAAAGAUUAAGAAGCAAGGAUAUCCCGAUGGCAAAAUUUCUUAUCUAAAGUUGAUCAAGCAAGAAAAAAUCAGAGGCCUGUAUAAAGGGAUGGCUCCUGUACUUGCUCGAAACGUACCAGGAUUUGGAGUGUUCUUCUCAAGCUACCACAUUAUCAAGAAAAGAUUGCAUAUCAAUGAUCUUUCUGAAAACCUAGUUAAGAAGACUCUCUAUACAUGACUUGCUGGAGGAAUGUCGGGCCAAUUGUUUUGGCUGGUUUCUUAUCCAAUUGAUAUGGUCAAAAACACCAUUCAAUACAAUCCUAAGCACACUAAAAUUGUGCCCACAUUUUUGUGUUUGUACAGAGAGAAUGGAAUCAAAAGACUGUAUAAAGGUAUUGGCCCAUGUCUUUUGAUGACAUUCCCUGUAAGUGCAAUGAUGUUUGUACUUAAUGAAGCAGUCACAAAAUUUCUUGAUCACAAAAUUGUUCAAAUGAACGCAGCUCAGAUAUGAAAAGAAGGAAAUUCAAAUAAGGAUAAGAAAGAAUCUACCCUCAUCAGAAUUUUCACCUACGCUACAUAAAACUCUUCA